GGAGGGGGUGGGACGGAGGUGUGACUGUCGCGGAUAAGUGCAUAAAGUGAAUGAUUUGUAAGAGGGAGCGAGAGAGCGAGAGAGCGAGACUUUAAAGGGAGCCAGCGGAAUGUUAUCUCUCAAAUCAUCAGAGGCACGAGGACCAGCACGCGCGGCUGUGAGGAUGGCCGGAGCGACGUUGUCCUAAUCCACGGGAAAACAGAAAGGACAGCCUGAUCGAUCUUAUCUGAGGACGCGUGUCCAUUGUUAUCCACACGCGGGUCAGAGGGCAACACGUCUGCGAGCGUGUGUUAUAUUUAUUUCCGAUCUGUAACUGUGCUCGAGGAAAUUUCAUGAUAUACCAACGCAAACCUUCGUAGCCGGCCGCGUGGAAUUAGUGGCGAGGAAAGUAUUGCCUUACUAAAAAAAUGCUCUCGCUGAUGCUGAAAUAAAUAUUCAGAAAGCACAAUGGACAGAUGAACAUGAAUCACUGACCGAAAAUUUGGGAUUUGAGGGAAUAAACUGAUUCUCAUCCAGUUCACCAUCGAGUGAGGACAGCUAACAAUCAGUGCGCUAUUGAAGCCUUGAUCAAACGGAUCUGAAAAUGAUGCUGAGUCCCGAUCAGACGGAUCCCGACCUCACCUGGACGCAGCAGGACACGGAAUGUCUGAACGUCAUGAAGGUGGAGUGUGUGGCUCACGAGCCCUUAGAGGCCGAGGACGGCAAGACUCGCGCACUCGUGCCGGCAGCGCUCACCAGAGAGGAGAAGAGACGGAGGAGGCGCGCGACCGCCAAAUACCGUUCUGCGCAUGCCACGCGCGAGCGCAUCAGAGUGGAAGCGUUCAACGUAGCGUUCGCUGAGCUGAGGAAGCUGCUGCCGACGCUCCCCCCCGACAAGAAGCUGUCCAAGAUCGAAAUACUUCGCCUAGCUAUCUGUUACAUUUCUUAUCUCAACCACGUGUUGGACGUUUAGACGAACGUUUGCCGUUGCCCUGAAAACAAAACCCUGCGUUGUGUGCGUAAAGAAUGCUUUUAUAAACUUUGAGAAGUGGCACGUUCCGGCUUUUACGCGAAUAGCCUAUUUAAAAAAAAAAGAGAGAGAAAAAUAGCGGUAACGCUUUAUAAUUAGGUCCACCUUCAGAAAUAGGCUGUGUUUUGUUGUCUGUCCCUAUGGAUACUAAAAAGGAAAUCGGAAGAGAGGGAUGGGAACGAGCUUUUUAGUUACCAUAAAGCAUAGCUAACGAACAUUUUAAGCUUAUCGCAAGAAGUGAAGCUUGUUGUUUUUGAUAUUUGAGAUAGUUUAGGAUAGCUUUUCAAACAUUAGCUAUCCUGUUCAACAUCCCACAUCAUGAGCGCAUUUGUGGCAAUAAUUUGUUGUGGGGAGAUUUGAUUUUACAUAAACGAAACAAGUAUUUAUCUUUAGCAACCUUGUUAUAAAUCAAGUUGGAGACAUGUAUAGGCUACUUCUGUGUGCUGGAACAAAUCGUGACCUUGUUAGCCGUUCAUUUAUAUUUUCUUGUUUAUUUAUGAAGUAAAUUAAGUUAUGUGAGUGUCUUUAAAAUAGCAUAUCUAAAGUGUUUACGUAUAUAUGUAAAUAGGCUAUUUAAUGUUUUAUUAUUAUUAUUCCUAUUUUAGACGGAUGUCGCGGAGUUUGGGUUUACUGUUGCUUUUCACUCGCACUUUUUAUUGGCAGUUUUCUUAGGAGUAGGAGGGCCUUCGCUGUGUGUGCACUACGGUUAUUAAUAUAAUGGUGUUGCUGUUGAUGUCCUGUCCUAUGAUAACGAGAAGCACUUCCCAUUGGAUAGGAUCUAUUGCUGUAUUGUUUAUUUUGUUUACAAAGUGCUCAUAGAUAGCGCUUUGGGUACCUGACGACUUGGGGUUGUUUAAAAGAACAAUUACACUAUAUCAAAAGCAUCAGAAUUAAUGUCAUACAAAUAAUGUUGCCACAGACACAAAAAGCCUGUUGCCUGCCUUGCAAGUCUACAAGCUACCCAUAGACGCUCUCUCUGCUGCGACCAAAAAUGAUCUCAAAGCAGAUUAUUUUUCUUUUAGAAGCUAUUUAUAGAGAUUAUUUGUUUACGUGAUUCUUGUGAACCUUUUGGAAAUUUUAUAGUGAACAAAUUAUCUCACAUCUGCCUCAUAUCCAAAGAUCACCCUGUUAAUUCAGGGUUUUGUCCGUCAUUUUGUAGUGGAAUAGCCAGUGCACUGGUUUGUAUCGCAGUUUUUCAUAACUAUUUUAGAAUAAAUAGUACAAAAAAAUAUUCAA